UCCUUCGACGAAUACAAGGCAGUCAGCGUGUAGCAGCGAUUGUGGUGCGUGUUUGCGGCUGAAUUUUGGCUUUUCUUGCUUGUUUUUGACAAAAUAACAGCAUGGGAAGAAAGAAGAAAAAGCCAAUGAAGCCCUGGUGUUGGUAUUGCAAUAGGGAAUUUGAUGAUGAGAAAGUUCUUAUCCAGCACCAAAAAGCGAAGCAUUUCAAGUGCUUUAUUUGCCAUAAAAAGCUAUACACUGGCCCAGGAUUGGCCAUUCACUGCAUGCAAGUCCACAAGGAACAUGUCAGCGCCAUACCAAACUCUCUGCCCAACCGAGGCGAUCCAGAAAUAGAGAUUUACGGCAUGGAAGGUAUCCCGGAGAAGGAUGUGAAGGAAAGAAGACAGAAGCUUGCGCAAAUGUCGCAGGGUGGUGAAGAUGAUGAUGAUGAAAGUGAGGGUGGCACAUCAAAAAAAGCUAAGACUGAUACACCACAAAUUCCGCCUGUCGGAAUGAUGCCGAUGGGCGCACCACCCAUGAUACCUGGGAUGCCGAUGAUGCCACCGAUGAUGCCCGGUUUUCCUGUACCCGGUUUCCCACCAGGGUUUGCUCCCAGAGCACUUAUGCCAGGUAUGCCUGGUCGACCACCAAUGCCUCCUAACAUGGUUCCACCCCGAGGCAUGCAGCCACAAGGAGUUCGACCCGGAGCCCCUGGAAGCAAACCUCUGUUCCCAUCAGCCCAGAACGUCUCCUCGCCUCAGAACAGCUCAUCCAGUGGUCCUGUAGGUGCAGACUUCAAACCACUAACCACUAACAGUAAACCCACUACGGUAUAUUCAGCACCACCAACAUCUGCCAACUCUCGACCAUCUUCGUCAAAUGAAGACAAACCAGGUGUUCCUGUCUCCAAACCUGCAACUGUACCAAGCACUGGGGCAACCAGUACAAUUAUACAUCCAGAUGAAGACAUAUCUCUGGAAGAACACAUUGCUCUCCUACCAAGGUACAAGGCAAGGACACAGGGUACACCCACCUCUGCAAAUCCAACCAGUAAUGCACCAGUUGCCCCACCUUGUGCGCUGCCGUUUCCGUCCCCACUCAUGCCGCCCGGACUUCCUGGAAUGCCACCGAACCCAAUCCAUGGCCCCCCAGGGGCUCUCCCUCCACCCGGUGCCUUCCCCCCAAUGCCCAUGCCUGGUCAAAACAUGAUGCAGCAGCAACCACACAAUAUGAUGCCACUCAUGGGGCGUGGUCCGAACAACCAAUCCAUGGGGAUGCCCUCCAGACCUCCGAUGGGCCCGCCGCCUCAAAUGCCAGGUCCACCCGGACAUUUUGGACCUCCUCAAAGAUUCUAAAGGUUAGACGGAGUGCUUACGCUAUUUUCAAUCUUGUUUUUGCAUCCAGCGUUAGGCUGCAUUCGUAGUUAAGCAUAUUACUAUGUGCUAAUAAGCAAUUGUUAUGGGAUGCGCGCGUUAGUUGGGUCUUUGUACAUAGCAUACGUCGAGGCAUUGAUACAAAUGGCUGGAGGUUCCUUGGAAGAGGUGUGUAAUGGUUUGUUUGAAUUUGGCUUUAUCCCUUUCUAAUGCCAUAACUAUCGCCUCGCCAGGCAUAAAAACCUGCUUGUCUCCAGGGUAACUGAAGGUCACCAUAUCAUUGCGAACGAGAGGUAAAGAUGUUUGCAACGAACUAGCACAAACAGGAGAGACUAAUCUGCUUGUAAAAGCAAUCAAUCAAAUUCACGCGACGAUACUGUUUACCAGUGAAAAAUAGUCAAAAAAACAAAAACUUUUCUCUGAAAAAGUUCAAGGCUUUGGUUUUAGGGACAAUAGUUCGUCUCAUGCAUCUUGUCUUUCAUAAAUAAUCGUACUUGAUAAUUUGAAAUGAAGCUUUUUGUGCAUGUAAUCCUCCUUAGUGUGUUUUUUCACUCUUUCCAUUUUUUACCAACGAUCUUAUAAAAUUUACCAUUAAACUGUAUGGACUACGUAAUGCAGGUAGGGAAUAGUAUUUAAGGACAGGGUUUAUUUACUUUAACAUAAAGGAUGGUAGAUCUUAUUUGGUAAAUUGGUUAGAAAGACCGUUGAGGGUAAUAUCCGAUAUGUUUCGUAUGUAAUCAAUAUAUUUUUUUGUGAAAAUCACAAUGCAUGUGUUGUUUAUGAUUUCAAUUUUCCUGAGGUCUCCCUCAAAAGGUUCGACACCUUUAGUAUAUGGUCUUCUUAACCAUUUUACUUACCGCUUUCCUAUAUGCAUAAGUAAAACUAUAUGUAUUUGUUAUAAUCUAUAGCUCUGGCAUUCUGUUUACUCAACUAAAGUUCAAUAAAUUGUGAACAUUCGGGAAAGGUAGGGCAGGACACAAGGUUUGUGGAACUGUCUUAAAAUAUCUUCAUUUCAAUAGCCCCCCCGUAAGAGACUUACGCGCUGCUGAUUUUAGCUUUGAACCUCGGGGGAUACCACAAAAUCCGGACGGGGGGAGGGUGGUUCAAUGAAGAAGGGCCAAUCGUGUCACAGCAAGAUCGGUUUAUCGAGAUUAGUCCAUCUAUACUUUUACAUGAGGCUCGAUGAUGGGAUGGAAUUUUCACGGGUUCUUAAUAAUAGGUUUCUUAGGUUGUAAAGUAGGAAGUUUUGAAAAUCGACAUCAAAAUGUCAAUAGUUGUUACAGAUGUGAAGCUACAGGAGUAUUUCUAUACAUGUCUAUAGAUAAUUUUUCUAACAUUGUGAUAUAUUA